AAUAUCUUUAGAAUUUUUUUUUUUUAAUUCUGUCCCCUCUUUGCCCUUAGUUUAGAUCUGCAGAAUUAAUACCUGUUUUUUUUUUUAUCUAUAUUUUUAUUUUAUUUUUUUGACGGAGAGUGUAGUGACCUUUGGCAAAUAAAACAAAUUGCUGAACCAGGAUCCCAGCUAUAUAUAUAUAUAUAUAUAUAUAGCACUAGCAAAUGUGGCUAUGACUUGGCUAAUGUAUAUUUUACUUAAUAUAUAGAAGCAGUGUUUUUUCUGUUAAACCAUCAGUGGGUGCUACAUGCCUCACUAUGUUCCACAGUGUUUGUAAAAGCAUGUAUUCAGCCAGCAAUAGCAUCCUGUUCUCUCCAUUGCAACUUACUGCUAAUUUUUCAUAAGGUGUAUAGCAAUUUUACUGCUUUUAGUACUAAAUUUCAGUGUGCAGUUUAAAGAUGAAGGUGUAAUGUAUAGGUAAGUACAUAUGGGGCACUGUUAAAAUUUCAAUUAUUUUUUUUAUUGAACUUUACUGCUUGCCCUUGAUCUCUGAUAGCAUCAAUUUGUUCUAUUUUUUUAUGAGGAUACAAUUGCUUUGAUAUGCAGAGUCUAAAGGUGUAGGUGUCCUGUUAAUCUAGAAUCCUCAAAGCCUAACAAAACAAACUUCAUUAAGAAGAGCUUCUGUCAUUGUUAUACUACAUAGGUGAUGGGUGCUCCACGUAAAAUUACUUGUGUCUUCAUUUUCAGACCUUUUCUAGAGAUGCUAGGAUUUAGAAAAGAGCUAAUCUAUAUUAGUUUUGUGUUGGUCGUUAUGAAUUGUAUUGGAUCUUGUGUGGAUUUAGUUAAAUUUUUUGGCUCUGAUGAUCUGCAUGGUUUUGUGCAAAAUUUUUAUUUUUAAUUUCAGAACGAACUGCUUUCCUGUUUUUAGGAAGCAAACUAUGUUAAACCUUGUUAACUAUUCUAGUCAGUAGGAACAAAGGCGUCACUUGGUGACUGUUACUCUUACAGCUGUUAUGUAUGGACUCUGUAUUUAACUAUAGGCAUCCAUAUCUAUUUAUAUAAAACAUUUUUUAAGCCAUUUUAGAGAGUUUUUUUUUUUUUUUUUUUUAGCUGUAUUUUUUUUCCAUGGUCUAAUAUGGAAGCAUGCAAUUUUCUUCCUGUUAGGGAAUACUUUUGGUACAAGACUUUCCUUCCUAAGGUUAAAUAUUGUUUGAAAACAUGCUUUAAAGGCCAAACUAGAUAAAACUCUGCACUUAUUUUGAGAUCUGGGAUGUGAAUUUUAUAGUUCUAAAUAACUAUCCCCCUGAAAUUUCACAUUUUAGAGUUAGAAGAAUAUUGGAUUGUGCAGUAGGAGUACAUUUGGUUUUACAUGUUCUUUCUCUUUAAUCCAGCCUCUCCUGUUUGCCAUGUGAGACGCUGGACUGAUGGUUGGGUGGGAGAGGGAUCAUUACUAACUUAACCUCUGUAGUGGAACCAAUGACAGAAGCUAUUCUUUAGAAUUUCCAGGGUGGCAGUUCUGCGGCCAGAUUCAGCCAGGCAAGCUGGGCAGAAACACACGCAGUGCAAGAUUAAGGUAAGGUCUUAUUUAUUCCACGGGAAUGCUUACAACCACAAGAAGCUUAAGCCUAUGGUAACAUUUAAUCUGCAAAGAUUCUCCCAUUAACUCUUAACAGUGCUUUCAUUAUUUGCUUCCCAUUCUACAUUUGUUUUUAGUUUAGUUUUUUUUUUGUUUAGUUUUUUUCCACCUUAUAAAAAAAAAUUGAUAAUUGUUAAUGCUGAUCACUUUUAUUAUUCUUUUUGUAAUUUAAUACCAAAAAUACUGCUUUUUCUUGAGCGUCUUCCUGGCGUCGGGAGGUGCACACACCUCCUACAGUGCCUCUGCAAGGCUCUCUAGAAGCAGGUCUUUAGUUAUUUUCCUGUAUCUGUGUUCUUUUAUUUUUUUUUAUUUUUUUUCUUGUAUGUAUCCAGUGUCUUAUAAGUAGACUGAUUCAUUAUUCAGUGCCAAAAUGUUGCACAAGCAGAUACCCCAGUGUUCCAUUUCCAAACAAGCAGCCUUAUGUGCAGUAUCUCCAACUUUCCAAGUGCUGCCUUACCCUUAUACAAUUAUGAGCUGAAAGUGAUCCCCAACAGGGCUGAUUUGGGGAAACCACAAGGACAUGGACUCAUCGGACUCCUCCUGUAAUAACAGGAAAAGCAGGCUGGGUAAUGCAUAACCUUGAGUUCCUUCAUACCUUCCGAUGGCAUAUGCGCUCAAAGCUUCUCAUAAUCUGUGCCAGCCACAUGCCAACUGAUUGAUUGGCUCAGCUUUAAAGACUGUUGUACAAGGACUAGAAGAGACUCAAAAGAUUCCAGCCCUCCGAUAACCGUUCUGAUCUUUUGUUGAAUCUUUGUGUUUCAUCUUGAUAUAAUUCCUUUUUGUCAUCUUGACGAUUUAAUUAUUGGAUACAGCUCAAGAAAAUGAUGAAUAGGAGUUUUUUUUUCUUUUUUCGUUAUGCUUUCCAGAACCAGUUGGAAUGGAUUGGUAGAAUAUUGAGAGAUGUAUAUCACCCACUUGCUCUCUUGUUUUUUGUUUCUGAAUUGUAUGUGAUUCUGUUAAUACAGAAGUGCUUGUUGGAAUCUGUUUGGUGAAAUACAACCCCACACCUUUUAAUAAAAUUUUGUUUUUCCCCCUAAGUUCAUAGUUUAUUUAUCCGUAAUAGUUAAUUGUUCAUUUGUUGGCAAUGUAGCUUUUAUAGUAGUGUAAAUCAAUGAAUUUAUUUAGAGAUAAAGAAAAUUACUAAUAGGAAAGAGCAUUAAGAAAGAGUCGGCUGGAAUAUGAACCAUUCAGAGCUUUUGGUAGUGUGGAAGACUUUACUGGUUGCCUGGGUAAGCGUAAAGUGUCCAGAGUACACAAUUGACUUGACUUGUAACAAUGUGCUUGUAUUUUUUUUUUUUUCUAUAAUAUUAAACUGCUGAUAUUUAUUUUCAGGAAUUUAUUGCCAAAAUUGUCCUUCUCUUCCCCGUACAACUGUAGGCGUUCGUAGUGAAAAGCCUCUUGGAAUAUACCCAGCAGAGUGAUACAGACCUUCAAUACAGCUUCUUGUUAGUGUUUGGGCUACUGAUGACAGAGUUUGUCAGAUCUUGGUCCCUGGCACUUACAUGGGCUUUAAAUUACCGAACUGGUUCCCGUCUUCGAGGAGCGAUACUAACCAUGGCCUUCAAGAAGAUUCUAAAGCUUAAGAAUAUAAAAGAAAAAUCACUGGGAGAGCUUAUAAAUGUUUGCUCCAGUGAUGGGCAGCGAGUUUUUGAAGCUGCAGCAGUUGGCAGUCUGCUGGCAGGUGGGCCAAUUGUUGCAGUCCUUGGGAUGGUGUACAAUGUCUAUAUAUUGGGUCCCACUGGUUUUCUUGGCUCCGCAGUGUUUAUCCUAUUUUAUCCAGCUAUGAUGUUUGUAUCCAGGCUUACUGCAUACUUCAGAAGAAAGUGUGUUUCAGUCACAGAUGAACGUGUUCAGAAGAUGAAUGAGGUCCUAAAUUACAUUAAAUUCAUUAAGAUGUAUGCUUGGGUGAAAGCAUUCUCUCAAAACUUGCAGAAAAUCCGAGAAAUUGAACGCAAGAUCCUUGAGAGAGCUGGAUAUUUCCAAAGCAUUACUGUGGGAGUUGCUCCUAUUGUUGUUGUCAUUGCCAGUGUGGUAACCUUCUCUGUGCAUAUGAUGCUUGGAUAUGACCUCACAGCUGCUCAGGCCUUUACAGUGGUUACAGUCUUCAAUUCCAUGACCUUUGCGCUAAAGGUGACACCAUUCUCUGUGAAAUCUCUUUCUGAAGCUUCUGUAUCUAUGGAAAGGUUUAAGAGUUUAUUUCUAAUGGAAGAGGUUCACUUGGUAAAGAAAAAGCCAUCAUGCCCAAACAUCAUCAUUCAGCUACAAAAUGCUACAUUAGCAUGGGACUCUUCCCAUGCCAGCACCCAAUGUUCUCCGAAGUCUACCCCCAAACUGAAAAAGGAAAAGAAGGGGGUUAAAGGAAAGAAAGAUAAAGAUAAUUUGCAGAAAGAAGGACCACAAGCUGUUUUGGCAGAACAGAAAGGACAUCUACUGGUGGAAAAUGAUGAGCAAGCCAGCCCUGAUGAAGAAAGCAAAGAUAUACAACUAUCAAAUAUGAGGCUACAGCGGACGUUAUACAACAUUGAUCUGGAGAUUGAAAGGGGCAAGCUGAUAGGAAUAUGUGGUAGUGUGGGCAGUGGAAAAUCAUCAUUAAUUUCUGCUAUUUUGGGACAGAUGACACUUCUAGAAGGCAGCAUCGCUGUCAAUGGGUCAUUUGCCUAUGUUGCUCAACAGGCAUGGAUAUUGAAUGCCACUCUAAGAGACAACAUUCUGUUUGGAAAAGAUUAUGACGAGGAAAGGUAUAACACUGUGUUAAGUGUUUGCUGCUUGCGACCAGAUUUGGCAAUACUUCCCAAUAGUGACUUGACAGAGAUUGGAGAACGUGGAGCUAACAUAAGUGGUGGCCAGAGGCAAAGAAUCAGUUUGGCAAGGGCCCUUUACAGUGAUCGCAGCAUUUACAUUCUGGAUGAUCCUCUCAGUGCCUUAGAUGCCCAUGUAGGCAACCACAUCUUCAACAGUGCCAUAAAAAAGCACAUGAAGUCUAAAACUAUUUUGUUUAUCACUCACCAGCUUCAGUACCUUGUGGACUGUGAUGACGUCAUUUACAUGAAAGAUGGAUGCAUUACAGAAAGAGGGACACACGAAGAUCUUAUGAAGCUUAAUGGAGAAUAUGCUACGAUUUUUAAUAACUUUCAGCUCGGUGAUGCACCUCAUAUUGAGGUGAGUCUCAAAAAGAACAUUAACAGUUCAUUAAAGAAGCCUUUAGACAAAGGAAAUAAGCCAGGAUCUGUAAAGAAAGAAAAGGUCACAAAAAAGGAGGAUGGCCAGCUAAUGCAAAUGGAGGAGAAAGGAAAAGGAUCAGUGCCCUGGUCAGUAUAUGGAGUUUAUAUCCAGGCAGCUGGAGGUCCUUUUGCGUUUUUCAUAAUCAUGGCCCUUUUUGUCCUCAAUGUUGGAAGUACAGCAUUCAGCAAUUGGUGGCUUAGUUAUUGGAUUAAGCAAGGAAGCGGGAACACUUCAGUGCUGUUACACAAUGAAACUGUGGUCAGUAACAGCAUGAAGGAUAAUCCCAAUGUGCUAUACUACACUGGCAUCUAUGCUCUAUCUAUGGUUGUCAUGCUAAUUCUGAAAGCAGUACGUGGCAUUGUCUUUGUUAAGGGCACUCUUCGAGCUUCUUCUAAGCUUCAUGAUGAACUCUUUAGGCGCAUUCUCCGGAGUCCUAUGAAGUUCUUUGAUACUACUCCCACAGGCCGAAUUUUAAAUAGGUUUUCUAAAGACAUGGAUGAAGUUGACGUUCGCCUUCCCUUUCAAGCUGAAAUGUUUGUUCAGAAUGUCAUACUAGUUUUCUUUUGUGUGGGAGUCAUAGCUGGUGUUUUCCCGUGGUUUCUGGUAGCUGUUGCACCACUAAUUGUCUUGUUCACCAUUUUGCACGUAGUUUCCAGGGUGUUCAUUCGGGAGCUGAAGAGAUUGGAUAAUAUUACGCAGAGUCCAUUCUUGUCUCACAUAACAUCUAGUAUUCAAGGGCUUUCCACAAUUCAUGCAUACAACAAAGGACAGGAGUUUUUGCAUAGGUAUCAGGAAUUGUUGGACAGUAACCAAGCCCCCUUCUAUCUGUUUAACUGUGCCAUGCGCUGGUUGGCCAUACGUCUGGACAUAAUCAGUAUAUCCCUGAUUACUACUACUGGACUUAUGAUUGUCUUAAUGCAUGGGCAAAUCUCUCCGGCAUAUGCUGGACUUGCAAUGUCGUAUGCAGUACAGUUGACAGGAUUGUUCCAGUUUACAGUUAGACUUGCGUCAGAAACAGAAGCACGUUUUACAUCAGUAGAGCGCAUAAGUCAUUACAUCAAGACUUUGGCCCUGGAAGCUCCUGCCAGAAUUAAAAACAAGGCUCCCCCUGCAGAUUGGCCACAAGAGGGAGAGAUCAUUUUUGAAACUGCAGGAAUGCGAUACAGAGAGAACCUACCCUUGGUACUAAAGAAAGUGUCAUUUACCAUCAAGCCAAAAGAGAAGGUUGGAAUAGUGGGAAGGACUGGCUCAGGAAAGAGCUCACUCGGCAUGGCACUUUUUCGACUCGUGGAGCUUUCUAAUGGUUGUAUAAAAAUCGAUGGCGUAAAUAUUAGUGAUAUUGGCUUGGCAGAUCUGCGCAGCAAGCUAUCCAUUAUACCCCAGGAGCCUGUCUUGUUUAGUGGCACUGUUCGUUCCAACUUGGAUCCCUUUAACCAAUUCACUGAAGAGCAGAUUUGGGAUGCGCUAGAAAGGACACACAUGAAAGAAUGUGUUGCCCAACUACCUCUUAAGCUUGAAACUGAAGUUUUUGAGAAUGGAGAGAAUUUCUCAGUGGGAGAACGUCAGUUAAUGUGCAUAGCACGAGUUUUAUUACGUAGAUGUAAGGUUCUUAUUCUUGAUGAAGCUACGGCAGCCAUGGACACAGAGACUGACCUUUUAAUCCAGGAAACUAUAAGGGAGGCAUUUUCAGACUGCACAAUGUUGACCAUAGCGCAUCGUCUCAACACUGUACUUGGGUGUGACCGUAUUAUGGUGCUAGCACAAGGACAGGUGAUGGAAUUUGACACCCCAUCUGCUUUGCUGUCGAAUGAGAAUACUCGGUUCUAUUCCAUGUUUGCUGCAGCAGAGAACAAGGUUACCGUAAAGGGCUAAAUAAUGAGCACCUCAGUUAAACCUCACAUUGUGGGGCUGUGCUCUGCUUCUCAUUCCCUGCCUGUGGCAGGCUCAAUCCCUACUUUUAUUUUUCCUUGACAGAAAAUACGGUAUAUUUUGCCUUGUUUUUUUUUUUUCCUUCUCUUGUUUUAGAUUUUUUAUUUUUUUUUGUUAGCACAAACAAAUUCAGGACUGAUUUAGGUAUUUUUUUAACAGUUUGAAAGAAUAUUCAUGUUCUAUUGUAUUUAUUCCUAUUACUAAAGGUAAAAUUAUAUGCGUUUUCGUUACGAAAUGCACUGAAAAUUAAAAUGGUUCAGGCAACCAUAGUUCUGUGUGUAGCCAGCUUAGAAUGAAGCUUUCUACAUGCAUCUGUAUAUAGCCUAUAUUUACUGUGAAGAUGUAAGCUGGUUUAUUUUAUAUUAAAAUGAGCACUGGGUUAACU